AGUCGGGGUACUUCUCAGUUCUAUUUCGGCUGUCGGCAGUAGCAGACUGCUGUCUGAAAUAAAUAAUAAUUGCGGUAUAAUAAAUUACAAGUGUCUAGUUGAAUUAAAGCAUUUAUUUUCGUUGACAUUCAGUACUGUGGGCGAAUUUUGUGUUCUCAUUAUAUUACAUAAAUUGUGCAGCGUUAGUGAAAUAGUUUUCUAAGUUUAGACAGGAAUUUAAAAGGGAGAGGAUGGACUACUCUCGGCCAAUAUGUGCCCUCCUUGCUCUAGUAGUUUUCUACUUAUCACACCUCGCACAAUGCACGAAUGCGAAGAUAAACUUCAGGGAGAAAGAGAAACAAAUUCUGGACCAGAUUCUAGGUCCAGGGAGAUACGACGCUCGAAUCAGACCUUCCGGUAUCAAUGGCACUGGCGAUGCGCCAACGUUUGUACACGUCAACAUGUUUCUACGAUCCAUCAGCAAAAUAGAUGAUUACAAGAUGGAAUACUCUGUUCAACUGACAUUCAGAGAACAAUGGCUGGAUGAGAGAUUGAAGUUCAAUAAUUUGGGAGGACGUCUAAAAUACCUUACACUAACCGAAGCGAACAGAGUAUGGAUGCCUGACCUCUUCUUCUCCAACGAGAAGGAGGGUCACUUCCACAACAUCAUCAUGCCAAACGUAUACAUCAGAAUAUUCCCCAACGGCAAUGUACUGUACAGCAUCCGUAUCUCUCUGACGCUGUCGUGCCCGAUGAACCUGAAGUUAUACCCACUGGAUAAGCAGACUUGCUCCCUCAGAAUGGCUAGCUACGGCUGGACGACAGAUGAUCUCGUGUUCCUGUGGAAGGAAGGUGACCCAGUCCAGGUUGUGAAAAACCUUCAUCUGCCUCGCUUUACCCUCGAGAAAUUUUUAACUGAUUAUUGUAACAGUAAAACUAAUACAGGCGAAUACAGUUGCUUAAAGGUGGAUCUUCUUUUUAAGAGAGAGUUCAGUUACUACCUCAUUCAGAUCUAUAUACCAUGCUGCAUGUUAGUAAUCGUUUCCUGGGUGUCUUUCUGGCUCGACCAGGGAGCUGUCCCGGCGAGAGUCUCACUGGGAGUAACGACACUUCUAACUAUGGCGACUCAGUCGUCUGGAAUCAACGCGUCGCUCCCUCCAGUCUCUUACACAAAGGCCAUCGAUGUUUGGACGGGAGUAUGCCUUACGUUCGUAUUUGGAGCCUUGCUUGAGUUUGCUCUAGUAAACUAUGCGUCUCGCUCUGAUAUGCACCGGGAGAAUAUGAAGAAAACGAGACGGGAGAUGGAGGCAGCUGCAAGUAUGGAUGCGGCCUCCGAUCUCCUUGACACAGAUAGUAACACAACGUUUGCAAUGAAACCGCUGAUGCGCGGCACCAACGACAAGAUGCGACAAUGUGAGAUUCACAUGACUCCGCCAAAGAAGAACUGCUGCAGAAUUUGGAUGUCCAAGUUCCCGACUCGCUCUAAGAGGAUAGACGUAAUCUCGCGCAUAACUUUUCCGCUAGUGUUCGCGCUCUUCAACUUAGCCUACUGGUCGACCUACCUAUUCCGCGACGAGGAGGAACAAAAGUGAUUCUCGCGUUCAAGUGGCGAAGUAGUGCAGGCGAUACAGCUGACCGCCGCCGUGCUUGCGCCCUACGUCUUAUUCGUGCUCGCCUACCUGUGCUGCCUGCGACGGCCCACCGCGUCUUCUCGCGUGCGCAUGCGCAGGCAUCGCAUAUAGUCAAUGAAACGUUUCCGUUUCUUACAUUAUUAGGCUCGCGUCAAUCACUGUCGAACAGCUGAAAACAUCUGGUGCAUUAUUUUAGAUCUUAAAAACAUAUUAAAUUGUGUUAUACUUGAUUUCUUACUUGAACUGUAAAAGAUACAGAAACGUUUCAUUCACUAGACGCUCUCGUUCAUUUUACAGAAGCGCUUAAAAGUAUCAUAAGAAAAAUAUAAUUUCUCUAAAUUACUCAGGUUUAAUUUGUCUAGAUAAAAAUGUUCUACUCAAGUGAUACUUUAAGCCUUCUCGAUUUGAACAAAACAGAAAGCAUUGAAACGACACAAAAUUUUGUUUGGUCAUAAUCAUUACACAUCACGGCAAACUAAAUUUAGACUAUGACAAAUUCAAGUCAUUGCGGCUCUACAAAUCGCCCGAAUUAUCCAAUUGAAAAGUAUAUAAAUCAUUUUUUACAUAAGCCACUUAAGGUGACACAAUCCGAAAGAUCGGAAUUGCUAUCUUACAUAAUGGAAUGUCAGAAUUAUUUAAAUAUUCUAGUCCACAAACAUGGACAUAACAUAAAACUUAAAUCAAAAUAUCUUAACGUAGCCUACAAGCACUAGAGUUUACCAAUUAUAUUAUACACCCAUGUAAAUUAAAAUUAACUAAAGAUAUUCUUCAAUCGUAAACUUCAUAUCUUCGUAGAGUAGUAUUUUUACAAAUUUCUAUCAGUGCUUUUAAUCAUCCUUGAUCUUUUAAUAUUUUGGGCAUUCUUAGGCAAUUUAUCUUUCAAUUUCGUCAUUUUUCACCCGACAUUUCGUGCGUUCUAUUUUGGCUGUGACUAUUAUGUAUCCGAAACAAUGCUUUCAUAUAUAUCUCUUUUAUAAUCCAGGUAGACACAUUAAGACAAAUCCAAGAGCACUGCGGCUGGAAGCUUAAAGGAAAGCCGUUUGUUUUAUUAAGAUUUUUGAUAUUUUUUACUAAAAUACCCUUGGCGUAGUGUAUGUGCGGUGAGAUGUAAAGUAAGGUAAGUGUAUUAUAGUAACUCAUCACAUACUAUGGAAAAAUCCUUUUCACAUUACCAUGAACUAACAAAAUAUAAAAGUUAUUCAUAUAACUGAUUAAAGGAUUUUUUCAAAUCUAUCAAACAGUGAAAUCACUAGUAAAAUUAUUAAUGUACCUUUACAAAAUAAUUAUCAGCAAUGUUUUAGAUGUAGAUAAUAGUUUUCGAAUAUGAAUCAGUAUGACUGUGGCAAUUGAUGUUUGACCACAGAAUCGUUACUGAUUUCAAUUUGCAGCAUCACUUAUUCGUAGAUUAAACAGGAGUUAAAAACCUGUCAUUAAGACUAUUAAUCUUAGAUGAUUCUAAGAAGGCAAACUUAGAAGAUAAAAUAAAGGAAUUUAUAAAAUAAACGUUAAUAGUAGCUUAGAUGUAGUGGGGUUAAAAACAUUAUCUUUUUAAAGUUCAUUUUACGCUAGAAGAUAAAACCAAACAAAACCAAAAAUCUUGUAUCUUGAAUCUACAUUCUGCAUCACGGUUAAGUAAUAUAAAAAUAAUAUGGUUAAAAAAAUAAAACUUAUUUCUUUUUUAUAGUCAACAACGUAUACAUUUUUUGUG